AUGCGACACCACACAAACCAAUCUCAACUCCAAGUCAUUUACAUCCAAACAACAUCGCCAGACGGCACCCUCACAAAGAUGUCCAAACGCGCUCCCGACCAAGCCCUCGAGGAGCUGGUGCUAUCGGGCAUCGGCUCGCCACGCACCAAGCGCGUCAAAACCGAUAGUAUCGCAGAUGAGGAGGAGAUGCUGAGCGCUGAGAUACCGGCCAAUGGAGUAGGGAGACUAAGCCUCCAACCUACUGCGCAGUCUGAAGGUGAAGAAGAUGAGAUGGACGACAUUAUGGAAGAGGAAGAGGAGAGUGAAGCAAAGAAAUGGAAGGAUGGCCCUCCCACCGAGUUCUCAGACCUCUACCUUGAUACAGUCAAUCGCAAUCUUCUCGAUUUUGACUUCGAGAAGCUCUGCUCGAUUUCCCUUUCCAACAUUAACGUCUACGCCUGCCUCGUUUGCGGAAAGUAUUUCCAAGGUCGCGGUCAAAACUCUCAUGCUUAUUUCCACGCCCUCGACGAAAGCCACCACGUAUUCAUAAAUAUAGCCACCCUCCGAAUCUAUGUCCUCCCCGAAUCUUACGAGGUCAAACAAAAAUCUCUCGAUGACAUCAAAUACGUUGCGAACCCAACAUACACCAGGGAAGACGUCGCGAAGCUAGACAAGGAGGAAACCAAGAAAUGGGAUUUGACUGGAAAGAGGUAUACACCCGGCUUCGUAGGAUUAAACAAUAUCAAGGAGAACGAUUAUCUCAAUGUUGUGGUGCACGCGCUAGCACACGUUACGCCUUUGCGGAAUUAUAUGAUGUUAGAGAACAUGUCCUCGCGGCCUGAACUUGCACAGCGAUUCUCGAUUCUAGUCCGCAAAAUAUGGAACUCCCGCGCCUUCAGAGGCCAUGUUUCACCUCACGAACUUCUCCAAGAAAUAUCCCUACGCUCCUCCAAGAAGUUCACAUUAACAACCCAAUCCGACCCGGUCGAAUUCCUCUCCUGGUUCGUGAAUAACCUCCACCUCUCCCUCGGAGGUUCCAAAACGGCACCCGGGUCGAGUAUCGUCCAAAAGGUCUUCCAGGGAAGACUACGAGUCGAAUCACAAGCGAUCACUGCAAAAGCCGACGCUAGCGAUCGUCUACGCUUCGAAGAAGCUGGAGAAGUUAAGACAGAUAUGCAUCGUUAUAUGAUGCUUACACUGGAACUCCCUCCAGCGCCACUUUUCCAGGACGAACUAGAUAAGAAUAUUAUCCCACAAGUACCUCUAACUGCAAUCCUAUCUAAAUACGACGGAACAAGGGCGCAGGAAUUGCUUGGGCAGCGAAAAAGAUAUAAGCUACUACAACCUUUACCACCGUAUCUUGUAUUUCACAUCAAACGGUUUUCGAAGAACAAAUUCGUCUUUGAAAAGAACCCAACUAUCGUCACAUUUCCAUCCACAUCGCUGGAUAUGUCGCCAUACGCGGAAGGAGCUACAGGGCCGAUAUGGUAUGAUUUAACAGCAAACAUAGUUCACGAAAGUGUCGCUAGGAAAGGUGGGCCGAGCGGUGUAAAGUCGGAGGCGGGAGAAGAAGGCCACGCCUACAAAGUCCAAUUGAAGGAUAAGGCUCGGGACGAGUGGGUCCAAGUCCAGGACCUAAUCGUGGAAGAGAUUAGAAAGGAAAUCUUGUUUCUCGGAGAGAGUUACAUACAAGUCUGGGAAAGACGAAGAGACACAAAGAAGAAGGCAGCUUCGUAG